CGAACCCAUCCAGCCAUUUAAGUCGCCUUCUGCCUGGCUGUAAAAGGCAGCCGGUCACAAGGAGUUAAUUCCUCCCCCUGCUCGGUGCGUGUGUCUCGAGUUUCCAUGGCGGUUUUGCUUUUGAUUUCGCGGAGUCCAGAUUUAUAGGCAUGCGACGGUGACUCGGGCCCUCGCCUUUGCACGCGGCUGCGGCCGUGUCCCAGGGAAGAACGGGUUAAGCAAAUCACCGUAAGGAUGCGUAGCCGUUAGUGUAGGGGAGCCGAAGCGAGGCCGUUCCCUCUGCCGUGCACGCUGCGAACGCUGUGCACACUCUGCGGGCCGAGAGCUUCCUACAGAGGGAGCGGGAAUGCAUGUUGCUGAAAAGUGCCUUUCCUGAAGCCACGGCUGCUUGGAUUUCUGUCUGGGGCUGCCUCUCUCUUCCCCGCACCCCCCCUUUUUUUUAAUUUGGCGUUCGCUUGCAGUUCAUCCCCUGACGGCAACUCGCCCAUCCUCCCCCCCGGCCCCCCCCUCACCUUUUACACUCAGUUUGCUCGGCCAUUUUUUUCCUUUCCCUGAGUAUGUAGCAAAUACUUUUUCCUUUUUUUUGCAACAUUGUACCAUCCUUUUGCAAUUUUUGAUGCUCGCGAAUUGUCAUUUUUAGAAGCAAGAAAUAGAAGGGAAAAAAAAACCCAACCAACCGACCCAAGUUUCCCCCCGAGGACCGAGACCAUUCCACAAAGUGAAGUGCUGCCAACGGCCUGUGUUUUUUUUUUUGCAAGAAUAAUUGAAACCAUUAACUGGAGAGCACAGAAUUCUUUUGAAAGUCUGCCAGUUAUUUCCAAGUAACUUCGGCAGUGGCACAAAAUAUAACACUUAUAUUUUAACUUCUACGAUUGCACUUUUAGGAGCUGGUCUCUAAUUUGAAUUUUCAGUUCUUCUGAUAAGAUUUCUAUUUUAUGAUUGGCUUUAUGUUUAAUCCUUGUUUAAUCAAACGCAAUUUGACUUAAAUGAAAACCUAAGUGCUGAUGAAUAGAAAUUUUACCAAAGCAACAAGUUAGUUUUUUCUUCGCGUUUAACUUGAAUUCACUUUUUUACCCUUUUUAAAAAAACAAAACAAAAGAAAACAAAAAAGACAAGAAAAAUCAGCCGUGAUAUCGUCCUAAAGAAGGGUGUGAUUGCUUGCGUUUUAAUUUUUUUUUGUUUUUAAUAUGGCUGUAAACGUUUCCCUGGUCCGUGAUACAAAAUGGCUGACUUUGGAAGUAUGUCGAGAAUUUCAGAGGGGGACUUGUUCUCGAUCUGAUGCAGAGUGCAAGUUUGCCCACCCGUCACGGAGUUGCCAUGUGGAAAACGGUCGAGUUAUUGCCUGCUUUGACUCUCUCAAGGGCCGGUGUACUCGAGAGAACUGCAAAUAUCUCCACCCUCCCCCACACUUAAAAACACAGCUCGAAAUCAAUGGACGCAACAACCUGAUCCAGCAGAAGACCGCGGCAGCCAUGUUUGCACAGCAAAUGCAGUUCAUGCUCCCGGGUGCCCAGCUACAGCCAAUUACUACGUUUCCUGUGACUCCAUCGCUUGCAACAAGUCCCACCAUGGCUUUUAGUCCCUACCUAAGUCAUGUUUCUCCUGGGAUGGGCUUGGUCCCUGCAGAGCUUUUACCAAAUACGCCUGUCCUGGUGUCCGGAAAUCCUACUGUUACAGUGCCAGGAGGCUCUGCUGGUCAGAAACUGAUGCGUACGGAUAAACUGGAGGUUUGCCGAGAGUUUCAGCGUGGAAAUUGCACACGUGGUGAGAACGAUUGCCGUUACGCUCACCCGAUAGAUAUUGCAAUGAUAGACACAAAUGAAAAUACUGUUACAGUUUGCAUGGAUUACAUCAAAGGGCGAUGCUCUAGGGAGAAAUGCAAGUACUUUCACCCCCCUGCACACCUGCAAGCCAAAAUCAAAGCAGCUCAACACCAGGUGAACCAGACAGCUGCAGCUGCAAUGACUCAGCCAGCUGUCAGAUCACUGAAGCGACCCCUCGAGGCAACCUUUGACCUGGCCCUGCCACCUGGUGCACUUCAACCUUUACCAAAGAGGCCAGCACUUGAAAAAAACAAUGGUGCCACCACAGUCUUUAACCCGAGCGUUUUCCACUACCAACAGGCUCUAGCCAACAUGCAGUUGCAACAGCCUACGUUUAUCCCGACAGGGUCAGUACUGUGCAUGACACCCACUGCAAGCGUUGUGCCCAUGAUGCACGGUGCUACGCCCACCACUGUGUCUGCAGCAACAACACCUGCCACCAGCGUCCCCUUCGCUGCAACAGCUACGGCCAAUCAGAUAUCCCAGUUAUCAGUAGAUGAACUGAGCAGCAGCAUGUUUGUCUCACAGAUGUAGAAGUUUCCAAUAGAACACCGACCACGUUGAAAUUGUGAACAGUAAAAUUACGGAGUACUAGGACUUCUCAGUGGGGAACUGCACAUGGCCUUUCUGUAUAUAUCCCCUCUUCCCUCCUUUCGUCCUCUACCACCUCUACAGUAAGCCUGUUGCAGCCUACAUGUUAACCAAAAACUGAUCAAUGGGAAUGUCAAAAAAAAAAAAGAAAAAAAAAGCACUAUAGAAACAAUUAACAAACAGCGCUCUGUUAUAUGAGAUAUACAAGUAGAAAAUUAUAAUAGACUUUUAUAACACAUUACUUUAACACAUUUAAUCAUUUUAUGACUACCAUCAUGAUAAGUGCAUCUGCACAGUGGACUGUUGGUUUACUGUAUACUAUCGAUGGAUAAAUGUUUGUCUCGUUUUUAAAGUGUUAUCUUACUGUUUUGUUUACAUCAUAGUCUAUUGAUUUGUUUUAAAGUGUACAUCAUUAUCAAGUAUACUCAAUACCAUUUUUUUCAUUAUUGUUAUGUCUUAAGUUUUCAUAUACUGUAGGUUUUAUGGGGUUUUUUUAAACUAAAAAUGUUAUAGUGGGAAACAGGAAUAACGUGCUUGAAAAACACAACACACGAAUGUUCGGAUCUUUUCCAUAUUUUGGCUGCUUUUAAAUCAACCGAAGUGGCUCAUUUUAAACGGCUCCUUUUACAAGUGAAAAUUUGCCUUUGGAAAGAGUCCCCAAAAUUUUCUGUUCCAGCGCUAUGGAGGGACAGCUGUCAGUUUAGCUCAGGUCAGGGGUCCGGUCAAGCGAGCUGAUUCUGGUUUCCUGAAGAGGAAACUUUGAUGGUCAGAAAAGGAAGAAAAACACGUUCAAUAUAGCGGUUAGGUAUCAGCUACGGGGGGGGAGGUGGACUCAGAUUGUGGACAGUAAGGAAGCCUGAAGUUUUGUUGCUCAGCCAAGUGCCAUCCGCAGCUGCAAGUGCCGCACAAUCUUCCUCCCGACUUCAGUGGUGCAGUCAAAAACCCGGGCAAACGUGGGAGACGGCGGGACAAACGCGAAGUUGCAUUCCCAGCCAAAAGGACCAAACACCUGAGUCACCCACAGACCCCCCCAGUCGCAGCGAGCCUAGGCUGGCCACGGCAAAUGUCCAUUUUCUGAUGUGCAAAUUAAAAGCCCCCAGCUCUGCCCAUGGAAGGCGAGACCACAAACGGCAACGUGCAAAACUGCACUGCAAAAUCCCCACCCUGAAUUUUGUGCAGUUUUUCCACAGCUUUCCAUCGGCAUGUGCCGGUAACGUGUCCUUGAGGCAGGGAUGUUUCCCAAGAGCUCUGGACCGUUAAAACAGACCUUCAACGAAGAAGAAAAAAAAGGAAAAUGCAAACCUAUCAGCUCGCUAUGCCCAGAUUUUCCAACCCCCUCCCUCCCCCCACAAAAUAUAUCCUUCCCUGGAUCAGCAGAUGACCACUCUGCUUGAUCAAGACCGACAGUGGUCACACAGCAAGGGCUAAUUGCCAAUACCUCCGUUCCCCAUUGAACUGAGCAAAAUUACUGAUUUCCUACCCCACCCUCUGCACCGCACGGGCCGUCGUGCUGCUGAGUUGCCGACUCCCCGUACUGCUAGGAAAAGGUGGUGGCUUGGCUACGGGGGAGACGAGAGCUGAAUUCAUCUCUAGCACAGCUUCACCAACCUCGGUGGAGGGACACCAGAGAUGGACUUGGCCUGAAUCAGCUGAAACAUGGAAGCAGCAAGGACAGAGAGGAGAAUGGUUAAGGGAAGGCCAGGAGAGGCGAGUAGAAAGAACGGGUGAUCCUUGACAGUGAGAUGAGAUGAGAUGAGGGAGGUCCCAGGACAGUGAUAGCCUUGCUGUGACCAUGCCGAGCUUAGGAUGAGAGUUGUGAGUUGGCUUUCUAAGAUGUUGGAUGCUGCAGGCCAGAGCUCGGGCUUCCCCUUGGAGGACGAUGCAGCCUGCCCUUAUUUUGGGAGGGUAACGGCUGGGCAGAAAGUCACCCCGGCAUGCUCCACCGAGGGGAGCAGAGCUGAGAGAUCCCAGGAUCGGGCUUUCACCAUCCUGAGCCUGCGGACCGUCCCCCCUGCGCUCCCCUGGCAGUCCAAGAGCAUUAUAGGAGCUGACAGCUGCCUUGUAUCCUCGUCUUGACACCUGCCAUCCGUGUCGUGGACUUUCCCCCGCCCCGUCCCUGUCCCCUUGGUAGACGUUUGCAAAUGUGAACGAGAAAGGAGGCCCGGUGCAGGUGCGUGUUAGGGACAGCUGACGUGCCUCUGUGCAGGCCACCAUCUGCGUGGCCUUCCAGCUGGGACAUGGGGAGCCUGACGGGCUCCUUAUCACCCCAGGGCUGUGCAGAGCCCAGCGGUCGGGUCCCGAGUCCACGGCAGCUCCCCACGUGCAGCACCGGGUUCGGGAUCGGGGGGUUCGAGGGACAGAGGACGGUAGCCGCUAAACCUCAUGUGUUGACAUUUGCUCGUGUCCGUAUGUAUUGAAGCAUUCGAAGCAUACACAAUAUUGCCUGAAAUAAGGCACUCCUGUGUCUUUUGGCCACGGCGUACCUGUUCUUUUUAACCACCGAGUUUCUGUUUCCCAGAAUCAUAACAUUGUUAGUGGAAAAAGUGGAUUUGAGUACUUCCUGUUUGAAAUUAUUUGUGUAUCAAAAUGGGUUUUGCACAACAUGUGCCAGUGCCUCAACAAAGAACAGACCUGAUCUUCUGAAGCCAGGAAGGAUGCGUUCAAGCUUGAAUGGCUUUAUGAGUUAAAGGAGGUUGGAACUUUUUCAGUGCUAAAUGGAUUUUUGUAUAUCUUGACACUUUGAUGUAACCUCCUAUUUUAUUUAACUACUUAAACAUCUGGCAUAGAUGUACAUAGAAUGUAAACCUAGAAUACAGCUGUUUUCACGUCACAUUUAAAGCACUGAAAAGAAAAAAAAAAAACAUUUAAGGAUUAUUUUUUAGUAAAGAGGUCCAAUGAGGGAUGUUCAGGGUAGUUAUAUUAGGUGCCACAACAGUUUUUAUAUUGCUGGCAAAUUUAGAGUUCAUUUGUAAAUGAGUUUAAGGAAAGAAAAGCUUGAAGCACUAAAACUUCACCAAAUUCAAAACAAUCUCGGCAAAAAUGCCAUUUUGAGGUAGCACUAUUUAAACUAGUUGUGCAAUGACUUGAUCUAAUUUUCUUUGUUCAAGAAAGAAAACCAGUCGCCAGACUAUAAAUUUCCUAAAUAGAUGCAUUCUAUUACAAAGUCACCAAGCUCGUUAGUGACUCUAAAUAAAUGUCAUGAAAGCAUGGAUUUCAUCCUUUAUUUGACAAGAGAUGUAUGUAAGUUUGUUUAAAUCAAUAUUAUUUUAGUGACAUUUUUAUAAGCUUCCCACUUUCCAUGAACCUAUAUUUUUUAUUUAUCCAAAGUUAUUUCUCUUUGUCCAUUUCUCUCAGCCUUAUGCAAACAAUAUGCAAGAAAUGCUGAAACUUGGAUAAAACGGGUCAUGCAGAGGGAAAAUGAAAGCUGAGAUGGAUCAUUUUCAAAAAAAAAAGAAAAAAAAAAGGUUGUUAGUAGUUUCAAUAAGAAGAAAAAAAAAUACUACUACUAAACUGUAACAUAAGCAGACAAUAAAAGAGGGAUUUAAAAUAAAAUGGAUUCAUAAAACUAUUAAGAUUAUUUUUGUUAAGUAUAGUGUUUUUAGUAAUUGGAAACAUGAUUUCACAAUCAACCAUGUUUUUGAGUUGGAGAUUUCUAGCUGAUGAUUUUUGACUUUGUAUUUUUGCAUCGGCGAUAGACGCGAUAGAAAUCGUUACCUCCCAGCCGCCGGCUCCGCUCCCUUCCUGAACGCUCUGAAGCACUUUUCUCUUUGCCAUAAGUGUCGUGUCGCGCUGCGCUCGGGGUGUUCACGAACGGACGGCGUGGCCUGGCCGAGUCGGCGCUCCGCAGAAACGGGAACUUCGCGCUCCGUCGGUGGCUGGCGGGACGCCCUCCCUUCCCGUAGCGGGGUGCUCUCGACAGACGGCCCGCUGCAAGGACGCCAGGUAGAGUCCAGUGAAAAUGACUUCCACUGCACAAACGUUAACAGAGCAACGCCCGGGAAUACGUGACUGUUGCCGGUUGCACCCGGUCAGACGGAGGCGGCGAGCGCGGUGCCCCCCUCCCGUAUUCCUCCGCGCCGCAGUAGCGCAGGCUGUAGGACGUGCGAGUACACAGAAUGAUUGAGAAACUGGAGUCCUCAUGUUUUUUUAUCCCUUGUACAUUUCACACACACGAAAAUUGAGGAAAAAAAAAAGACAAAAAAAAAAAAGAGGUGAAAUUUAUGAGGAAAAUCUAAUUUCCCAUUCCUGUUGAAUGGAUUUAGUUUGCUAUUGACCUGAUUUUACCACGUGCCUGGUGAAGGCCUUAGAGUAUAUACUGUAUGUUAAAGACUGUAAUAACUUUAAAAAACAAACGAGUUGAUAGCCUGAUGCAAAUGUAAAUAUAGUUCCGACACAUUGUUCAAAAGGCAUCAACGCGUUAAUUCAUGUCAUCGAUUUUCAUUUCUUUACCAUUAGUUUUUAAGGUUUUCAUUAUUGCUUUUUUUGAUAUCUUUAGUAACUAAUGAAUUUAAUUUUGAAGGAGAGUUAGAGAAAGAUUAAGAUUUUUAAUACAUGUAUUCAACCCAUUUAGUUAUAUUCUAAACCAACACUGAAGCAUGAUAAGGUAUAGAAUACAGUCCAUAACUAGUUUGUAUAGUUUACAGUUUAAGAACAAAAUUAACUUUGUAUGUAACUCCUACAAUGAUAGAUUCAUUGUUAACUAAUUAUAUUAAGUUGUUGUUGCUAUGGCAACAAAACUACAACAUGGCUACCUUUGUAUACAUUAUUUGUGAAAUUUUCACAUGUAAAUUAAAAGUGAUGUGUAACAGUAUGAGCUUGUUAAAGGUACAGUUCGAUACUGUCAGAUAAAGAUAUGAUUGAAUAUUUUUAAAAUCCCAAAGUCCCAUGUGAAAGCUGAAUUUGUGUCUUUAUGUCACUUUUUCAGUCAAGAAGUUUACAACACAUGGAUUUAGAGUCAGGUUUUAUAGCUUGUAGAAAUUGUUGUGUGGCUAGGGUUAUUCCACAGUAUUUUAGCUUUUGAAACAAAACAGCCUGCAUUUACAAUAUAUUAACUGGUCUUUAUUUCAUUUCAUGGUUAUUAGCAUUGUGUAUAUUCAAAAUUAACCGGGUUAAGUACUGUAGCUCUGCCUGCAAUUUUUUAUUUUUUCCUGAAAUCGAAUGCUCACAUGAUUAUGUUAAAAUCAGGGCUAAAUAAUAACGUAUGGAUAUUUUAAUACUAAUUUAUAUUAGCAAAAACUGUACAUAAGAAAAAUAUUGUGGAAUGACCCCGUAACAGUGUUGAAGAUACAAAUAUGCUGCAGUUAAACUGAUUCAGUUAGUGUACGAAUGUGUGAGACACACCUUUUUUGCACUUAUGUACAUAGUCCACGAAAGAAAUCCUUGGAACUUAUUUUGAAUAUAAAAAGUCUGUAAUAAUACAGGAAAAGUUUGUAAAAGAGAUAGGUAUUACUAAGGCUUUGAAAAAGGAGGAGUUUUUUGCUAUAAAACUUAUCUGAAAGCAUGAUGUUGCUUUGCUGUUGUAAAAGCUUUGUAGUUUGCCAUAGCUUACUAUACAGCAGACUGAUAACAGGUCAGCUUCAACCUGCAGCACAGAAAAUGGGAAACAGUACUUAAUUAAUGAGUAAGGUCACUAGCAAAGAUUUUAAUUGCUUUGGUAUCAGCUUACGUUCUCAAACGCGCUCCAGAUCAUGCCUUUGAUAAGCGCGCGCGUCCUCUCCGAAGCGGCCGCGGCCGUAUGUUGCUGCUAGCACUUAGUCCCGUUUCUGGCCCAUGCAGUUUUUAGCUGCCGUAGGCGGGUAGGAUCCCGGGGAGUGUUUUAAUGAGUGGGAAACGGAAGGGCAGCCAGUUGCUGUGCUUUUAUCCACGUGGUGUGUGAAAUGGGAGAGAGCCGGUGGGUCACGGCAAGGCGAGCGGUGAGACGGCGCCGGGUCAUUCGCCUUCUGCUGCUGGAACUGCCUUGGCGUUUGUGCUAACGAGCAGGAGACGCUGAUCGCGGGAAGGGUCCUGUUGUGCUGACGGGAGUCCGGCUAGGCCAGCUCGGGGGUGGACGGGUCACCGUUUGCCUGCCGGGUUUGAAUGCAGGACCACGGAUGCUGGCUGCUGCCCUGCUGUUGGCCCAUUGCCUUUUGACAGGGCUUCAAGGAGAGGCUGGGGAAGUCCCCAAACGUGCUCCUGAGCCCAGGGCAGCUCUGCUCCUGCAAAAUGUCCCCCUGGUCCUUGGCUGAGCCGAUGCCCUGUGCUGUCCUCAUGGACGGCAGCUCAGCAUCAUCUUCUCAGCUGCCUCCGUGGGGGAAAGGUAGUUGGAGGGCGCACAGGAAAUCUCGAAUCACUUCAGAGCCCAGCCGCUGCAGCAGGCUCCCGGCGGGACCGACCCCUCGGGGCUCGGUGUGGGUUUCCGUCUGUGCAGGGUCCAGAUGAGCACGAGCGAUGCACUCUCAUAGAGGCGGGCGAGGGGGGUCCUGGGAACGAGGCUUUUCUAUAUCCCACUCUUCUCCACUCGCACUUGCAUGCGCACGGGUUCUUUGGUGUGCCAAACCACCCGCCCCAUCUCUCCUCCCCAAUCUCUUUUGGUCAUUGCCACCAUCAAAACCCAGUACAGCUGGGCAUGGCUACAUGCCAGGGAGUCUUGUCCCUUGAAGGAGUGCACUCCCACUCCUCUCUUCACCUGUGCUUGCAGAACAGCAGGGCAGCAGCCGCAAGGGGCAGUGUCCAAGAGGCUGGGCAGAGGUUGCCAACUGCCUGCCGAUUGGGUUGCUAUUUUCCAUCCCUAUUACUAUUAAUCGAGGCCGAGCGUGCAGAAAUCUGAUGGCUCGGCAGGUAUCGCUGAAUGGGACCCUGCACCGAAGCUCCCCUUGAUGUCUCCGGGGUGGGGAGCGGGCUGUCAGCAUAACGGGACCCCACUCCCAGCUCAGCCGGCUGGUAAGAGCUCAAAGCAAAGCCUCGCACCACCUGGGCAAACGGCAAAUGCAUCGUUUUCCAGGUCCAGCAGUCAGUUGUCAGUAGAAGGCUUCUGCUUGGACAUGUCUUUUUUCUGCCAUCGGUGGCUGGCCCCAGCAGAGGGGAAUGUCUUGGUGCCUCUCCCUAGCAUCGUCCUGCUUGUUCCCUUCUCGGGGCUGGGCACAGUACCCGAAUGCACAUGCUUCGGCCUCUCCUUGCUGAGAGACCUCUGCCCAUUGUGUCAGUGGGAGAGCAUCUGUUUUUAAUUAGACCUGACUAAAUCAACCCCCCAAAAAGCAUUUCAAGGAGCAGCACCAAUCACAAAAUGAGAUGGCUGGGUCCCGUUGAGCCCGAACGUCUCCGGUCAGUGCUGCCACAUGGCAAUGCUUGAUUAGUUUUUAUAUCUCUCCGCCUCUCUCCACCUCUGCCCCACAAGCACCUUCCCUCCUGGGGGUGCAGUGAUGGGGUCUUCACCUGACUAAGAAAUGCCACAUCAGCCUUCAAGGCUCUCAUUGCUGCCGGAGAGUCACCGUGCCAGCUGGUGCCCUCGUGCAACCCCCGUGCACCAAGCGACUCGUGCACCUGCCCAGCCCUAAGCAGGUGAGGUGCCCCCGUGGUUUGGCGGGCUCGGGGCUCAGAGCCGUGCUAGGCUGGCAUGGAUAUAACUAAGGGCUGAAUUUAUCCCACCGGGAUAAAACAUUUGGGAGAGACUGGCUCUUUGGUGGGCAUGGUCAUCGCCUGGGACAUGCUCUCCAUUGCAGAAGUGCAUGCCCCUGGGGGCUCUGCUUGGUGUUUGUACGACUGAGCUCCUUCUCAUUUGUGGGAUGGUUAAAGGAAGAUAUUUUGCACUAUCUGAAGUGAAUCGCAGCCGGGGAAACUCUUUUCCAUUAGGAUGAGAGCAGGCCCCGGCGUCACGACCAACACCGCUGAAAUCUUUGCUAGUGAUCUUUACUGUCACACUCUCCAUCAUCAAAAAAGAAACUGUAUACGCCUCUCCAAUGAGAUACUUAAACAUGCAAAAAUAACGCAACUAUUAAAUAAAACUGAGUUAUUUUUUCCAAACACACAACAGAGAGAAUUACCUGACACAGAAUUACAAGGUUCCAGUUCUUUAUUACUGUACACAGAUGCUAUUUGAUAGUGGUGGAAGCCAAAUGAUUUUGUUGCCAUGGCUUUUGUAUCCUAGCAGAUGAGGGGAUGACAAGACCAUUCUUUGAUUGGAUGAUGGGAUUUUUUUUUGUUUUGAAUUAGCUUUUUUUUUUUUAACGUCAUUUUAAAUCAUGAAAACAGAACAAGCAACCUUCCCCCCCCCCCCGCCCCCCCAAACCAUUCUUUAUACCGCCUGACAAUAGAUCACCAGUUUUGUAAUAAAUAGAGAAAUGUAUUUUAGGCAAUCACUAAAAUCGAGAAGAGAAUGUUCUCGUCAAUUGACAAUUUUUAAUUUAAAUAAAUAAAACAUUAAUAUUACUAUACUGUGUAAAGUAGAUAUUGGAAGCACAUUCUUAUUUUCAUAGACAUUUCUGGUAAAACAUAAAAUAAGGGAAAUACUAGACAGAUAUCAACUUAAUUUCAUGACGUAGUUUUAGAUGUCAAAAACCAACAACACCGUUAACCCUGUGGAGUUGUAACAAAUUACAAUAUCAUCGACAGAUCCAGGCAGACUUAGGCGAAUGCAAAAUUUAGCUCCAAAACACAAGAGUUCAUUCCCUCAACUGCUACCAACAGGGUGUACGCUUUGAAUUUAUUUUUCUUUUUGCCACAUUAUAUUGCUGUAGUGCUUGUAUGUGCUUUAGACCUGUGCAUAAUGCUACUCAUUUUAGUAUGUUACUUCUAUAUUGUUAUUGUUUAUUUUUUGAUCUUUUAAUAAAGUGUAUAAAAUUC